AUGCAGUUCUCUACCAUCUUCGCCAUUGCUUCGGCCCUCACCCUCGUCGCCGCCGCUCCCACUCCGGCUCCCGAGUCUUCACCUGCCGCGGCAACUCCUGCCCAGCUGUUCAAGCGCAAGGAGUGCCCUAGCAACUACGCUUCCAAGGGUGUUUGCAACGGAACCAGCUGCAUGUGGGGCCUGGUUAACUACGACUGCGGUGUCGGUUCUUGCGUAAGUCUUCACGGUUUCGCCCGUACUGCGGGUAACUUCGACAUGGAGAUCGGCUUGCUAACCUUCGGCUAA